GUUUAAUUUGGAUUUGUCUGUGCUUGUUUAUUUGACUCUUAUAGAUGGUGUUAUGCCUGGUUCAGACUACACGAUUUUUUUGUCUGUUACGAUAGUCACUGUGUCAGAUUACACGAUUUUGACUCCAAAAAUCUUGUCGUGUCUUGGACUUGAAACAUGUCAGACUACACGUUGCUACGCGACCAAUCGUCGCUUGUUGUCACGACGCGCGUGAGAAACAAGAGCGUAAACAGUAACAAUGACUGAAGCGGCGUGUUUUGUACUGGCUGUAUUAUGUGUAGAAAAGCGCAAAAAAAGAAAAAAACACCGAAAAUGGACACGUUCCUGGCUUGCCGGAAGAGGACAGUAUGGGCUGUCAAUCCUCCAAAGAGAACUUGAGGACAGUGACAAAAAGGGUUUCCGUGAUCUGCUCAGGAUGGAUGUGGAGGAUUUCAGCUACUUGCUUGACAAAGUUACACCAUUCAUCCAAAGAAGGGACACAAAAUUAAGAAGAGCCAUCAGUGCAAGAAUGCGCCUGUCACUAACACUAAGAUUCCUUGCUACUGGAGAGACGUUUAGAUCUCUGAGCUUCCAGUACCGGAUCGGUCGUAGUACUAUCAGUGAGAUAGUAAUGGAGACGUGUCAAGCCUUGUAUGACGUCUUAAAGGAUGAUCAUUUAAAGACUCCUACAACGGAGACAGAAUGGAGAGAGGUGGCAAUGAGGUUUCAAAACAAGUGGCAAUUUCCUAAUUGCUUAGGUGCCAUAGAUGGAAAGCACAUCUACAUCCAGCCACCUGCAAACUCUGGAAGUACUUACCACAACUACAAAUCAAGAUUUUCAGUUGUACUCAUGGCAGUAGUCGACGCCGACUACAAAUUUAUUUAUGCAAAUGUUGGCGUACAAGGAAGAGUGUCAGAUGGAGGAAUAUUUGGCCAGUCAGACCUCCGAGCUGCCAUGGACAGAGAUCUACUGAAUGUCCCCCGUCCAGAGCCACUCCCAGGGAGUAACAUAUCUUUGCCCUAUACAUUUGUUGGUGAUGAAGCAUUCCCUCUCCGAACCGACCUAAUGAAGCCAUACCCCUUCCGAAAUCUGGACCAUGGGCAACGAAUAUUUAACUACAGACUUUCAAGGGCAAGGCGUACAGUUGAAAAUGCAUUUGGAAUUUUGACCAAUAGACUUCGUGUUUUUCUUUCCAACAUUGCACUGGAGCCUGACAAAGUGACAGUAGUGACACUAGCUGCACUCUCGGUGCACAACUUCCUCAGGAACAAGGCAUCAGAUGUGUACCUGCCUUCAGCCUUUGCAGAUGUAGAAGACGCAAAUCACAACAUGGUUCCUGGAGCUUGGAGAAGGGAGGGAGAACUUCCCUCUGUGGCAGCAAGCGGUGCACGGAAUGCCACAACCGCCGCCAAAAAUUAUCGGGACAAUUUGAAGGCAUAUUUUCUUUCACCUGCUGGAUCUGUUUCCUGGCAGGAAAAUAUGAUUUAAACAUAGACACCAACUGCACUGCAAAAAAUGUUUUUCUUACUUAAUAUUUUUGCCUUGUUUUGUCUUGUCUUAAAUCAGGAAGCAUUUACUAUAAGUAAAAUUAUGUAAGAUAAUACAUUUUUUUAGCUUGUAGCUUGCUUUAAGCAAAAACUCAGAAUUUUAUUCAGAAAAUAAGCUAUAACAGCUUACGUAAAUUUACUUAUUAAGUAAAUGCUUCCAGAUUUAAGACAAGACAAAACAAAACACUAAGUAAUAUAUAUAUUUUUUUUUUUGCAGUGUGAUAAAUCUGUUCAUAUAGACCAUUUUGCAUGAUGUAAAGAACACACGCUUCAGGUCUUCCCGUUCCAUUUUUUUUUUUUACACUAAGGAAAUAUUAAAACAAAAUACAACCAACAUAACAUUUAGAACAAUAUUAAACUAACAUUUUAAAGUCUUAAUUAUAUAUGUGUAAAUAAAAAAAAAUGCAGAAUGUAUAAUGGCCAAAAUUAAUAUGAUUUGUUUAUUAAAAACACACAAGAUUAAUUUUCCUUAUUAAAAACUUUUAUUAAAAAUAAA